CGUCUUGGCAAAGCUUUGGCCAGCAGAUUAGAGCGAUAAGGUGUCAAAUAGUUCCAGUUCUUAAUACGAUCUCCGUACACACAGAGCGAAACUUUCCACAGGAACGCAACGAGAAGCUAGAGAUCAACAACACGUUCAUCAUGUGGGCCGAUCUCAAAAACAAGGUGAUCUUGGUGACGGGCGCGGGUGCGGGCAUCGGCCAAGCCCUGGUCAAAGAGCUGGCAGGCGCGGGAGCCACGGUCAUAGCAGUGGCCCGCAGCGAGGCCCAGCUCAAGGAGCUAGCUGCCUUUGAUCCCAAGCACAUUCAGCCCCUGCAGCUGGACCUGGCCGAGUGGCAGCCGGUGAGAGAGGCCCUGGCCAAGGUGCCACUCUUGGACGGACUGGUGAACAAUGCCGGAGUGGCCAUCAUCAAGCCAUUCGAGGAGCUCACCGAACAGGACUUUGAUACCCACUUUAAUGUGAACAUCAAGGCCGUCUUCAAUGUGACCCAGGCCCUGCUGCCCAAGCUCCGCGAUGGAGCCUCCAUUGUGAAUGUCUCCUCGAUAGCGGCGUCGCGCUCGUUUGCCGGUCAUACCGCGUACAGUGCCACCAAGGCGGCCCUCGACUCGCUGACCAAGUCAUUGGCCCUGGAGCUGGGUCCACGUCGGAUACGAGUUAAUUCGGUCAAUCCCACGGUGGUGCUGACCAAAAUGGGGCGUGACAACUGGUCGGAUCCCGGCAAGAGUGGACCCCUGCUGGCCCACAUUCCGCUCAAUAGGUUCUGUGAGGUGCAGGAGGUUGUCGAUGCCACUGGCUACCUGCUGAGCAACAAGUCCAGCUUCGUGAAUGGCCAUCACAUUCUGCUGGAGGGCGGCUAUGCCGUAUCCUAGAGACCAUCCAUCCGCCAAGAAGAAUUUCACUUGCGUUUAAAUAAAGCAUGCAAUUUAUUUUCUAUAUA